UAUAUACAGAAUAAUUAAAAAAAAAGGAUAAAAUGUGUCAAAAUACAGGAUAAAAAUUUACUGUUAAAGGUAAGAAUAAAAAAUAUAAAACAAUAAUAAUAAUAAUAGAGAAGAAAACACUAACAUGCAGGAGGAGAGGUGCUACUGGACCAGGGUUGGGAUUUGGGAAUCUGAGUGCGUAUAACUUGCAUUUAACUGACUUAGAUUGUUAUUAUUUUCAAUCCUGUAUUUCUUCUUUAUUUACUUAUCACUGCAAACGAGGCACUCAAGGCAAAACCAACACCGCACGUUCUCUCACAAGAUGGCGAUGCCGAAGCCAAACACCAGGGGAAACCCUGCUGUAUCGUCUCUAAACCUUUUCUCUUCUAUAAACCAAAGUGCUAGUGAGGACUCUUAUUUUGUUUUCUGGCCGAUGACGCAAUCAACCUGCGACCGAAAACCCAAUCCCUUUCCCAAAUCGCUAUGAGGUAGACAAUAAUGACAUAUAUACUCUACAUAGUGCACUACUUAUCGAAAUCGGGGGGGAUUGAGAUUCAGCCAUAAUCCCGCGCCUAAACUCAGUUUUAAGGGAGCUGUGACAGUGUACACAAGACUUGAGUUGCUAUGUUCGGUCCGUACAAUAGAGAACAUUCCGAAAUCUUUGUUUUUAUUUUAUUUUAUUUGAUAUAACUCAGCGGUACCGGGGAUCAUGGCGAUGAAAAGAAAUCUCUCCAACAUGAUGAUUACGUGUGAAUGGGCUUCGUGUACAUUUAAGGGAAAGAGUAUGGAGGAGCUGAGUGAUCACAUGUCUUCACAUUUGAAGGAGCAUCUUGGGGAUGGGGACACCAUGGAGGAGCUUGAUGAUUAUCAGUGUCUGUGGCAGGGCUGUGAGUUCCUGGCUAUGGGAAGUCCUAAUGAGCUCAUUGCCCAUGCACACUUCCAUAAUUUCCACAGCAAACUAAAGUUUAUCGGGACUCAGUUGCUCCAGUCCCACCCUGAGCUUCCCAGCUGCACGCAGGACCUGCACAGCAACAACCUGAUCACAGACAUCUCUGAAGGAUUCGCGUGUCAGUGGGAACACUGUGACAGUUCUUUUAACAAUCCCGAGUGGUUUUACCGCCAUGUGGACAUGCAUGCACACUGCACAGAGUUACAACCGCUCCCUGAUCAACAGCAGGCUCUCUUCUGUGGCUGGAAAGGCUGUGAUGCCUUCUUUAAGAUCAAGUAUCGGCUGCGUGAGCACCUGCGCAGUCACACACAGGAGCGUCUGGUGGCCUGCCCAACCUGCGGCUGCAUGUUCUCCAGCAACACUAAGUUCUUUGAUCACAUUCAGAGACAGGCCGAGCCAGAGGAUUCGCUUACAUGUGCCCAUUGUGACAAAGCCUUUGCUAAUGAGAGACUGCUGAGAGACCACGUUCGGCAGCACGUGAAUCACAUAAAGUGCCCACUCUGUGACAUGACGUGUACGUCCCUCUCCACCCUGAAGAUCCACAUCAAAUUCCGCCACUGUGACGAGCGCCCGUUCCCCUGUGACUUCUGCGAGAGCAGCUUCAAGAAUCAGCAUGAUCUGCGGAAGCACAUGGAGACCCACAACGAAGGAGCAGCUUACCACUGCGCCGUGGAGGGUUGCGGUUACUCUUCUCGCAUGGCUCACACCAUGAAACAACAUUAUAAAAGAGUACACGAGCAGGGGAACAUGGUGUCCAGGUAUAAAUGUCAUCUGUGUGAGAAGAACUUUUCCUGGUGUUACACCCUGACCCUUCAUCUGAGAAAGAAACAUCAGCUCAAAUGGCCAUCGGGACAUUCCCGCUUCAGGUAUAAAGAAGAUGAGGACGGCUACCUGCGCCUGAACAUGGUUCGCUUUGAGACUGUUGAAGUAACAGAAGAGCUGAUCAAGAACAUGGCAGAAAAACGCACCCCUCGCAAGCUCUCAGGCUCGAGUGCUAAGAGACCAGCGCUACAAGCAGAGAGCAUGCAUGAUGUUCCCACACCAUCUCCUUACCCCUCUUCUUCUUCCUCCUCCUCUGACAUCACGCUGCUUGCAAAUGACGACGACGGUGCGGUGAAGGACAGAGGAUCAGUGUAUUGUAUACUGAGCACAGUGACCGAGAUGAACAGGGAUCAAGAGACCACGGCAGACUCUGGGAUGGAGUCGGGGGCAGUGAGAGCGCUGGCUGCUGUAGCUCGAGGGCUCGGUAUGGAUGUUGUGUGAGGAGAAAUUAUAUACAUAACACGCUGCAUUUCAAAGCACCAUUAUUGAUGUACUGCGUCUGAUUUACAUAACAACAUGUCGUCUUCGACCAUUGGGAUUUCAUAGUAAUGUUCGGUUUGGGAUUUAUGCUAAAUUUGAUUUUAUAAUAAUUCAUCUUUCAGCUUGGAAAUAAUCUCCGGUUCUAAUACUGAUUGUAGAUGUUCCUGUUUACAAUACAUCCAUCUGCAUUUUAAGUCGUUUCACAGGUGGUUCAGCUGAGAGCUGAUGCAUUGUUUUUACAGGUUUUUACAUGUUUAUUAUACUCGUAAAUAAACGUUUCCGUUUUAGAGAAAUUUCA